AUGUUGACAAAGCAGAUUUCUCUCACGAAUGGAAUGGUUAUGAUCAUCAGUCAAUGCUUCGGGGCAUUCAUAGGAGCCGCGAUUGUAUUUUGGAUUUAUAUGGACAUUGAUAUCAACGAGGAGAAUGCUUCAAUUUUUGCGACUUACCCGAGAGCAGGAGUCUCAAUUAGCCAGGCGAUGGUCAGUUCAAUAGCUGGGACUUGUUUCAUGGUUCUGUCAAUCAACGCUGUCUCCCAAUCCAAACCUCAUCACAAACCUGACCUUUCAAUGCUCCCCCUCUACACAGGCAUUGCUGUGAUGACAUACGGAAUAUGCUUUUCCCUCAACACUGGUUAUGCAAUUAAUCCUGCGAGGGAUAUUGGACCAAGGGUUUUGAUUUUUCUUCUUGGUUUUCCAGAAAGCUUUGCUAGAGGGAAUGAGUUGAUAUCUUGUCGCAAAUGCAAUGCUCUUUGGGGAGUUAUCUUCUUUAUCCUCGUACUGAUACAGGCAUCGAUGUCGAGCUUUGGUUUGAACAAUAGGCUAUGUGGAGCAAUCAAGACAGAAUUAUCGAAUGGGAAAUGCGAUCAAAAGUUAAAAUUUUAUCAUGGGCCUCCUGAUGUCUGCGACAGUGAGGACUCAUGUAAGAAAACCACCCCGAAGAUCGAGAGCUUUUAUAGCACCCUUGGAGCACUUGAGGCCUGCAGUUGGAUUUUGUUCACAAUCAUGUUUCUUUACAAUUUCGCGAACAUCAUUGGAGUUUACCAACGCCACGAAGCAUACGUGAUGAAAGACCCAGUAACUCUCAAAACGACCACAACAACGACAACGCCGACAACAUCGACAACUCAGAAUGGCGCAGCGUCGAAACGAGCGCCCCCUGCUCCGCCAAAAAGCGCCUCCUCCCCGCCUCCUGCUGAUUUUGACAGUGAUCGGGGUUCCGUUGAUUUUUUCGAAUUUACUGGCAACUAA